AUGUGUUAUAAAAAGCAAGAGGGACACGUAGAGCCUGCAGCCGACACAAUUCCUCCAGCCGGGCACACCCAUGUCAAAAUCUGGCCUGUCGUCGAGAACGUCAUCCUCCCCACUGGCAACAAAUGGGACUACGAGGAGUGGACGACCGCCGACAUCUUGGACUGGCUCCAGAUAUUCUACCCAAACCCCGAAAGGGCAGAGAUCAUUGCCCAGAAGGGAAUCGAUGGAUCCCAUCUCUACCGAUGCUUCCUCGACCGGGCGUCAAGCAUGGCCUGGUGCAAGGAGGCCAAGAUCAGCCCUGGAACUGCCAUGAAGAUCCGGAUGACCUUUGGCAGAGUCCACAACAUCAUCUGCGGGUAUGAGCAGUACGAUGAAAAAUGA